AGUGUAAUGAACAAAGAAGUUGGAAAGGUUGAUGAGGUGAAAGUAAUGAGAACAGAAACAGCUCUUGGCCGGACACCUCGAGGUUACUUAUAUCAAGUGAGAUGUUCGGGGGAGACGAAUUCUUUCUGCCCGGGUCCAUAUCAAAGUCAACCUUGGAGUUACACUACUACCGAACGCCCUCGUGGGCCCAGAGGCUCGUCCAGGCUACUCCGGUAGUGUAUUCGAAGAGGCCCAAUCCUGCUUCAACCCAUGCCAAGACCAGGUGCUCCAUCUCCUCCGCAGUGAAUACAGCAUCAAUCAACAAGCGACGCGGAGGAAAUGAAAGCGUCGAUGCAGGCAGUGAAGAUCGCACUAGAGCCACAGAAUCCACCAGGUUUCGUAAAGUGGGCUCAUGUAGAGCAGAAUCUUGUGCUGUUACGCUGUCAACGGCGCCAACGACGUGCGUGUGGGCUUGUCGAGUUUGGGUGGCAUUCCAUGCUCAUGGAGUUGUCAUCGGGAGCAUCGCAGGAACGGAGCCAACGCCCGAGUUGGGACAUGGACUCAUCCCAACUUGAUUGUCUGCGCGCAGGUCGUUGCCCAAAGAGGGCAGCAGAGACUCGAGUGACAGUCUCUUGUGGCAUCGGACAGCUCGACUGGGGACCCCGGGUUCCUGACUAGCCAGGCCCACCCUUUAAUUCGAUCUUUCUUGGCUGGGAAGCUUGAACACAGACAAAUCCCAAGUCUGGA